ACGGCGACGCGGCGGCGCGAGACGCGUCCCUUUAUUUCUUCUUUUUCUAGUCAGCUUCUGUUAUUCUGAACGUCUACAAAGGGCUUCAUCCCUCAAUUCUUCCACCAAAAUGGUGGAACUGUGCGAACUGCACAUGAUGCCUGAAGAGGAUCAAUGGCCCGAUGACAUUGAUGCUCGAAUCGCUGCUCUCAACUUUUGUGGAGAAGAUUCGAUGCUCUUUGAAUCAGUUGAUCCUUCUGUAUCAACUGAUUCUUUAGACUCUCAACAGUUUCGAGAGAGAUGUCAAAUGAAAAAAGAAGAUUUUCAAUUAGCAUUCGCAGACUCUGGACAUUGGCAAUCAGGUAUAAAUGAUAAUCUGACAACUUGGGGUCGGAUUCGGACAUCUGAACCAUUGGAUGAACGUACUGCCAGUGCUCCAGAUGUUUGGAAUGUAAAAAGAAGUGAUAGUGCUCGAUCACCAAAUCGUCCAAAUUCACUGAUUGCCAACUUUGUUUCCGGAGAUGCUACUCGAUUCGUCGAUGUAAAUGAUAAUGAAAUUCGCGAGGCAAAUGAAGAAAUAAUUCGUAAAGAUCGUUGGAGAAGAGAUUCAGCGAGACGAUGCUCAUCUGGAGGACAAAAUCAGAAACGAACAUUUGCGGAUAUUCUGGAAAAGAAUGUAACAGCACCAACUUCAAUGGCAAUCACAUCGUCUGAUAAUGAAAAGCCUCCGAAAUUAGACUUCCUGGCAAUGCAUCAUGAGAUGCCAUCUCUCUGCGAGUCAUUCACCGCUUCGUUCCGUGAUGCUAUUAUUAAAAUGCAGAAAUGUGAGCCACUACCGUCGAUUACUUCAACCAAUGAUUUUCCGCUCUUCUUUCAAGAAGACUCUCCCGACUCAGGACUCGGUUGUAGUGGUCCGAGCCACAUUGAAGAUUGGCAAUCUCUAUCUGUUCUUCUGCCCAAACACGUCGCAGAAGCAUGUUCAUUCUUCAAGAGCAACACCCAAUUAUUAACAUCAAGUACAUCAAAAACAGCACCCCAAACAUCAACAAACAUCGUAUCAAAUUGCAUUGAUCGCCGUAUCUCUGGUAUUUCAGCAUCAGCAAAUGAAGCAUGUCGAACGUGUUAUCGAGUACGAAGGAGGAUACACCCACCAGUUUGGGCUCAAACUGCCCAAUCAAAGACGGUUCUUUGUGACUGCGCAUCAACACCCACGGAUACGAAUUUCUCAUUUGCACCAACAACUUCAACGACUCGCCAUCAACUGCGCGCAAAAGAGCUCUCAAUUGUCGGAUUGCCGAUUUAUGCAGCAAAGCGGACACUCGUUGAGAAUGUUGUUGAAGGCGUUGCUGCAAUUUCAAGAGGGGAUGGAAGUGAUUUGCUUGUCAUCGCCAUGAGAUGCUUAAUUGAAGAUGGUCUUCAAGAAAAUGUAUCGGCAUGGACAAUGAUUCAGACGGUUACCUCAAAAGGCCCAGCUACAAAAGAUGUUCAUUCAAUUGUAAAACAAUUGGAAGAAUGUUCAAAGACUGACAACGUCAAAGUUGAAAUCUUCUUUGAGGAGCUUAUCAGAGAAAACUCAUUGGACUGCUGGCUGUGCUAUAUUGUGUUGAAAGAGAAGGUGCUGAAAACAUUGUAUUCUGAAAAUGCAUUCCUUCUUUCUGCGAGUUCUGAAUACAGAACUCUUCUUUGGAGAAUGGUCGACAGUUUGUCUCUUUUGCCAGUGAUCGAAGCUCGCAGUGAUUCAGUUCACCAACAGUUCAAAUCAAUGCAACAAUGGGGCGGAGCAUCCAGAAUAGCUUCUGACUCAAGAGUUCCAAAGAGUUCAUCGUUCCCAGCAAGAUUAUCAACUGCUCCAUCAAGAAGAUCAAGGAUACCAUUGUCAACAAGUCGCAUCAGUAUCAGCUCAACAACUUCAACACCUCGAUCAGCUCGAUCACCUUCAACGACAUCUCGUAUUCGAGUUGCAUCUAUAAUGGGUGACUUCACACUUGCCAAUUUCUCCCUCUCAGACGGAGAAAAAGUUAGUGUUCUAUCAACUCGUGGAGGACUUGCUCGAUGUGUCCGUUUAACGACUUCUCAUUCAAAAAUCAACAAUGGAGUUAUUCCGAUUGAACAUCUUCUUUUCCAGUGAACACUCUGUACUUUAUUUUUUUCUUGAACUUUAAUUUUUUUCCGAUGCUUCAUAUAAUUCUAGUCAUGCCACCCAAUUCAACCGAGUUUGAUCCCCCAUCCCAUGCAUUCAUCGUUUUCCCUCAAUGAUACUCAUUUCUUUUUCAUGUUCAACUGAAUUCAUGAAAAAUGUUUGAAAACUUUCAAAUAUUUUUUUGAAUUUAAAAGUCAUUAGAUAGCCUCUCUUUUCCCUCCGGUUUCCUCCAAUUUUGCUCCUUCUAUCUUCGUAUAGAAGAAAAUUGCUUUAUUUCCUUCCUUUUUCAGCUAAAAUCGAGGCAACUAUUGGAUUCUUUGCAGCUUGCCAAAACAUUAUUCAAUAACAAAAACGAAAAUGUUUAUUUGUAUUUUGGAAUAGAGCCAAUCGGAUUUGUAUUGUUUUUGAAAAUAAACAAUAAAUAAAAUGCAUUU